UCUCCUUAAUCAAAUUCAGCUGGGGCUUCGGGGAGGGUUUGAGAGAGAGAGAGAGAGAGAGAGAGUGAGGAUGGAAGAAGAAGAGCACGAGGUGUACGGCGGAGAGAUACCCGUGGAGGGCGAGUUGGAGGGCGACGUGGACUCUCACCACGCCGACGUCGACAUGUCCACCGCCGAUGACGACGCCGUCAAGGAGCUGGAUGAGAUGAAGAAGAGGCUGAAGGAAAUGGAAGAGGAGGCUGCUGCUCUCCGUGAGAUGCAGGCCAAGGUCGAGAAGGAAAUGGGUGCUGUUCAAGAUCCCGCUAGUGCAGCUGCUUCUCAAGCAAGCAAGGAGGAAGUUGAUAACAGAUCUGUGUUUGUUGGAAAUGUUGAUUAUGCUUGUACCCCUGAAGAAGUGCAGCAACAUUUUCAAUCAUGUGGUACAGUCAACCGAGUGACUAUUCUUACUGAUAAAUUUGGUCAUCCAAAGGGCUUUGCUUAUGUUGAGUUCCUUGAAGUUGAAGCUGUUCAGGAGGCUCUCCUCCUGAAUGAAUCUGAAUUGCAUGGACGUCAGCUGAAGGUUUUGCCAAAACGGACCAAUGUUCCUGGUAUGAAGCAGUACUUCCCAAGACGCUUUAACCCGUAUGCGGGUUACAGGUUCCGGAGGCCAUAUGUACCUCCUUAUUUCUACUCUCCUUAUGGAUACGGGAAGGUUCCUAGGUUCAGAAGGCCGGCUCGCUACAUGCCUUACUACUAGAAGUCUUGUAUCAUCUGUUGGCGCUCUUGCGGUUCAUCUAAAAGUGUGGGUACUUCCACAGUAUGUUCUGGUUUCGUACGGAAGAUGCAUCUAGUGGUAUCGCAUGCUCAUUAGACUCUGCUCGUAUUAUUAUUGACCGAAUGACUUCAGAGUUUUUUUUUUCUUUGGUAAAAAAUGACUUAAGAGAUUAUAUGUCUGGAUUAUCGGCUGUAACUUUUAGACAUUUUCUCUGUGAUCAUAGCUAAAGAUUUAAAGCA